GUAAUUUUACGAAGAGUCCGUGAAUCUAACCACAGCAAUCCAACAUGGCGGCGCAGCGGAGGAAUUUAAUGCAGAGUCACCAGAGCUGGACAGAUGACCUGCCGCUCUGUCAGCUGUGUGGGGUCGGCAAAGCCCCCAACUGUGUGUAUGGAUCUGACGGUAAAGGAACCCAGAGUCACCCCAAUGAGGACGCUCACCUCAGGUUUAGAACGGAGGACGGUUGUUUCCUCUAUGGUGUGUUCAAUGGUUACGAUGGCAGCAGAGUGGCCAGUUUCGCCUCCCAGUGUCUGACGGCAGAACUGCUGCUGGAACCACUCAAAUCCAGUCACACGGACAGUGACGUCCGCAGGAUCCUCACUCAGGCCUUUGAUGUGGUAGAGAAGAGCUACUUUGACACUAUAGAUGAUGCUCUGGCUGAGAAGGCUCAUAUGUCCACAUAUGUCGUGCCACACAGUGAGAAUGUGUCAUUCCACCAGCUCUCUCCUCAGAACCAGAAGGUCCAGGAGCGACUGAAGGAGCUGGAGCAGGAGGUGUCGGGAGGAGCGACCGCUGCAGUGGCACUGAUCCUUAACAACAAGCUCUACAUCGCCAAUGUUGGUACGAACAGAGUACUGCUGUGUAAGUCCAGCAGCGAUGGACAGAACCAGGUCCUGCAGAUUGGACGACCGCACAGUACCGACAACGAAGACGAGCUGCAGAGACUGGCUGCCCUGGGGGUGGAUCCCGCUCGUGUGAGGCAGGCGGGGCAGAUCGCGGGGCAGAACAGCACCAGGAGGCUCGGCGACUACAGGGUCAAGAUCCACUACAAUGAAAUCGACCUGCUGAGUGCGGCCAAGGGAAAACCGAUCAUUGCAGAACCGGAGAUUCAUGGAAGCCAGUCCUUAGACAACGUGUCUGGUUUUUUAUUGCUGAUGUCAGAAGGUCUCAUCAACGCCCUGGAGUCUGCACACGGCCCCGAACAGGCCAAUCAGGAAAUUGUUGCCAUGGUAGCAGCAGAGCUGGCACAGCAGAGCAGUCUGGGGGUGGUGGCUCAGUCAGUGGUGGACCGCGUCAAGCGGCUGCACCACGACGUGUACGUGUCCGGACGUCAGCGGGCCACCUACUGUUCUCGACACGAAGACAUGACCCUGCUCAUCCGUACACUCAACUACCCGUUGGCUGACGGAGCGCUCACGCCCACUCAGGGCGGUCGUAUCUACCCUGUGUCGGUGCCUUACUCCAACAGCCAGAGCACCAGUAAAACCAGUGUCACCCUCUCACUGGUGAUGCCCUCCCAGGGCACGCUCACCAAUGGAACCAACACAGCCUCCACCUUAGAGGAAGGCACCCCCACUCCGGGCAGUCAGAGUCCGACGGCAACCCUCCAGUCCACCAACACCCAGACGCAGAGUUCCAGCUCGAGUUCGGGAGACGGACGCUUGUUCAGCCAGCGAGGCAGUCAGGCGGCGCAGCCCGACGAGACUGGCCGGGUUCCACCGUAUGUGGACUUCAGUCAGUUUUACCGCCUGUGGGGGAGCGACCACUGUGACGGUCAGAGCACCCAGGGAGGACUGGGGCCGCAGUGAUGAUGAUGACACGGCUGCACCGUCACGUUCUGGCAGCAGGGGGUGGUGUGGUUGUUGGGCUAUUAAUGUCACAUGAGGGAAAAACAAAAACAAAAAACAAAAAAACAAAGUGACCUGCAGCGAAUGUGCAUGAUGGUGUGUGGAUGAAGGACCAUGAAGCACCAUGUGGAAAGAAGUCAUCCGUGAAACAGUGACCACCAGGUGUCAGUACACUCCUCCAUGUCUCCUCAAUAGGUGUUUGUCAUGAACUAUUGUAAAUAUUUGUAAUUCCGUCUGUAGCUCUUUCUAUAUGACAUGACAUGACAUACAUAUACUGUAUAUGUAUGUGUGUAUAUAUAGUUCUAUUAUAUAUAUAUUAUAUGUAUGUAUACAUGUGUGUAUAUAUAUAUACAUAUAUGUAUAUAUAUAUAUAUAUAAACGUAUGUAUUUAUACAUAUAUGAUGUCUUUAAACUCUGAUGGUCAUUUCUGGAUGUAUGGCUUUAAAAUUAAAUGAAACAAUGUUUGUGUGUGGAACAGUUUUUCAUAUGUAAUGAACGAUAUUAACCAAAUGA